UUUCUCAAGCUUUCUUAGUGGGGGACCUCUGAGGUCCUGAUGCCAUCCUGCAGUGAACGCCAGCUCUGAACUGUGCACUUGCCUCGGUUGGGUCUGUCUGCCCCUACCCACCAACCCAAAUAGACACUGGACACCAUGGAAGCCAGGAGGCCGAGGAAGCGUGUGAUGUAGGUGGACAGAGGCAGCGAAGGAACAUUUAAAGUUAGCGAGCUUCACCAAGUAGAUGCUGACUCCUCCUUUAUCGACAUCUUAAAGCGAGUCCCUCCAGUUGUUGCUAUUAUUUUGCUGUUCUUUCGGUUCCGCCUGCUGCCUGCUGACGAUAAUGAGGUGGUUCCACCGUGAUCUGAGUGGCAUUGAUGCUGAGGUCUUACUCAAAGCACGAGGCGUUCAUGGCAGUUUUUUGGCUCGCCCCAGCCGGAAGAACAAGGGAGAUUUUUCCCUUUCUGUCAGGAUCGGUGACCAGGUAACCCACAUCCGUAUCCAGAAUACGGGGGACUUUUAUGACCUCUAUGGAGGAGAGAAGUUUGCCACUUUGUCAGAACUGGUUGAAUAUUACACACAGCAGCAGGGAUCCCUGCAAGAUAAGGAUGGGACCAUCAUAGACCUGAGGUAUCCCCUGAACUGCUCUGAUCCAACAACAGAAAGGUGGUACCAUGGUCAUCUUUCUGGCCCAGCUGCUGAAACCUUACUCCAAACUAAGGCUGCUCCAUGGACUUUCUUGGUUCGCGAGAGCCUCAGCAAGCCGGGUGACUUUGUGCUGUCUGUCCUCACCGACCAGCCUAAAUCUGGGGGUGAUGCCACUGGAGCCGCUAGCACCCCCAAAGAACGACUUAAAGUUACUCACGUCAAGGUUAUGUGUGAGAAGGGGAAGUACACAAUUGGGGGCACAGAGAGGUUUGGCAGCUUGGCUGACCUGGUGGAGCAUUUUAAGAAAACGGGAAUUGAAGAGGCCUCUGGAUCCUAUCUGUAUUUGAGACAGCCUUUCAACGCCACCCGGGUGAAUGCAGCCGACAUUGAGGACCGGGUGCAGAUGCUUGAGAAGAGAAGCCAAGAGGAAGAAGCUGCCAAAGGAGGUUUCUGGGAGGAGUUUGAUAGCUUGCAGAAACAGGAGACGAAGAACUUGUAUGAACGGCAUGAGGGCCAAAGACCAGAAAACAAGGGCAAGAACCGCUAUAAGAACAUUUUGCCAUUUGACCACUCUCGAGUCAUCCUCCAAGACAGAGAUCCUGGGUCAGAUUAUAUAAAUGCCAACUACAUCAAGAACAAGCUAUUCAGCCCUGAGGAAUGCAGCAAAACUUACAUUGCCAGCCAAGGUUGCCUAGAUGCCACCACCAAUGAUUUCUGGCAGAUGGUGUGGCAAGAAAACUCGCGCAUCAUUGUGAUGACCACUCGAGAAGUGGAGAAAGGAAGGAACAAAUGUGUCCCUUACUGGCCAGAGGUGGGCAGCAGCAAAGAGUAUGGGCCGUACAUUGUGGAAAACAUUGGAGAACACGAUGCCUUAGAAUAUAAACUCCGACAGCUCUGCCUUUCAUCAGUCCACAAUAGUGAGGCUGUGCGAGACAUCUGGCAUUACCAGUACCUGAGCUGGCCGGACCAUGGAGUGCCCAGUGAGCCUGGAGGAGUCCUGGGCUUCCUUGACCAAGUCAACCAGAAGCAGGAGAGCAUCCCUGGAGCUGGACCCAUAAUAGUUCAUUGCAGUGCUGGGAUUGGUCGCACCGGGACCAUCAUAGUCAUCGAUAUGAUUGUGGAUUUGAUCUCCAUCAAAGGGUUUGACUGUGAUAUCGACAUCCCAAAGGCCAUUCAGAUGGUUCGCUCCCAGCGCUCAGGCAUGGUGCAGACCGAAGCACAGUACAAGUUCAUCUACAUGGCUAUUUGCCAGUUCAUAGAGACCACUAAGAAGAAGCUGGAUGUUAUGCAGACUACAAAAGGAAAACCAAGUGAAUCUGAAUAUGGGAAUAUAACCUACCCACCUGCACAGAAGAUAAAGGCUUCACGAAAAUCAUCUAAGCAGAAGGAUGAAGCAACCCUGUAUGAGAAUUUAGGCAAAAAAGAGGAAAAAGGGCAAAAGCAGUGGCCUUCAGGGAAGGAGAAGAAACCAAAGGGCUCCUUGAAGAAAAAAUAGUGCCAUAGAUAAUCUUCCACCUGCCUGGCUCUAUUCGCAGCAGACACAAAUUGUCUACCCCCCCACCCCCCCGCUGAUAACUUCCUCUGAAAGGUUUACUGAGCUACAGAGGAUCAUCCCAAGAGAUUUGGGUGCCUGAAGUGGGAAAUCCAGAUGUCACCUUUCCAUUCGCCUCUUACUAAUGAAUGCAAUUCUCCCUGCUUCUCCUAUGACCCAACAUACUAAUCCCAUACACCUCUUGGACUCCCCAGUGCACUUGCAAAUUCAUUCGGCGUUCCAGCCUUCACCUUUUCUCAAAGGCAGUUUUUGAAUGCUUGAAACAUGCCCCAACCACCAUUAAAGUCCAAACCAUAACAAUUAUUGGGGGAGGGCUGUAGGUCAGCGGUAAGACACCUGCUUUGCAUGCAGAAGAUCCCAAAUUUAAUCCCUGGCAUCUCCCGAUGGGGCUGGAAGAGAUCCCUCUCUGAAUUCCUAGAGACCAGCUUCCAGCCAGUGUUGACAAUUCUGAGCUUAGAUGCAGAGGCAGAUUAAGACCUUUAGAGGCCCCAAGCACUUAAAAUAUUUUGGUGCCUACACACACACACACCAUAAAUUUUUUUAGUUUAGAACUGAAACAAAACCUACAGUAAAAUGGAAAAUAAUGCUUGUUUCUGUACACUUCCACUUUAUUUAUAUUCUUUGGGGAAAUCUCCUACCUUUUCUAAUUGCAAAGCCUUUGGUCAGAUCCUCAAAACCAAUAUUACACAACAGAUCUGUUCGAUACUUCGUAGAGAUAAGGUAUCCAGCCUGCCUUGUUGCAUAGUUGUUCAGUUGCGAUUUUUAGCUGAAAAAAAUGAAUGCUCCGCUGAGCAAUUUGUGCGCAUUGAAGUUAAAAAUUUGGCAAUGGAAAAUUUCCCUAAGCCUGGGCUUAUUUGGCUUAAUGGUGAGUCAAGCCCUGGCUAGAUGAACCAAUGGGCUGCUGAUCCUGAGCUUUCCAGUGUUUCCAUGACCCUAAAAUAAGAUCCCAAGUUCAGGUCCUUAUGAGACUGCCUAAUUUCUACAGGGGAACCCUUCAAAACCACCGUCCUAGGUCACCACUCUGUUCUGUGUUGGCUGGUUUUGUCGUUCUACACAGCAGCCAAAAGGAUUAAUGCCAAAGUGCCAUGGAUUAAUGUGCAUUGAGCUCCGCCUAGCACAGAAUCUGUGCUUUUUGCUGUGCCAUCUACCACUGCAAAUUUUGAUUUGAUUAUGGGUUACUUUCUGGGACAGAGCGGUGGGUGGGACUCCAUAUAAAAACAUGCAAAUUCACAAGGAUCGGUUUUAAUUCAGCCGGAUCUCACUUUUAUCUAGACCCUUUGGGAAAGCAAGUGUCUGGGGGGACACUUUCUAUGUCUGGAGGGGAGAGAAGCAGCAAAAAUAGGUUUUUCCCAUGGGCCCAGAAAACACAGCUGGGAGUCCCACUGAUUGCACUUCGGAGUAGACAGGUACACAAUCGCCCUGGUGGAAGGCUAGAACUCCUGCCAUUUCCCCCUUAGUCUUGAGAUCUUGAGUCUUCUUUUUAUCAUGACCUCUAGCCUAGGCUAUUCCAUUACAGCAAGCCCCGUCAGGCUGAGAAGCAGUAUAAAGUGCCCUUGGGAUCAAUGUUGCUUCUGUAACUUCACUUUUUGGUUCCCUGUCUUUCUCUCGCCUGCUCAAAUGCUUCACCUAAUUGGUCAAAGCCGUCCUUGCCUUGUCCAACCUCCAGCUCAAAUGCCAACCUCUGCUUAGCCACCGAACCUUACCGCUGUGCUGUGUGUAAAUAAUGGAUAAUUUUCUAAUCCAGUGGAUUGGUUUUCUUGACUUGUAAAUAAACCAGAUUUUUGUUUGAUUUGCA